AAUUUAGGUUUAUUUAAAUUUCUAAUCUCAACCGUUGAUAAUUAAAUUACCACUUGUCAUGCAUAGAACUCCUCUAGACCAAUCACCACUCCAUUUCUUUCUAACCAAACACACCCUAAUACGUCACUUCAUCGGCGUCCAGCCAACAAAACAAGCAACACACGAUUUUCUGAAUUUCCGACAGUUGACUUAAAGUUGGUUGAAAUGUGGAGCCUUGGAUUCAUUGAUUUGAUUAGGGUUUCUAUUUUGUUGGCUUUUGCGACUGUGAUCUCUUCUCUGGAACCCCAUCUGGGAUCAACCCGCGUCGUUUUUCAGACAAAUUACGGAGACAUUGAAUUUGGUUUCUAUCCAACUGUUGCACCCAAAACUGUUGACCACAUUUUUAAGCUUGUGAGACUUGGCGGCUAUAACACCAAUCACUUCUUUCGGGUGGAUAAGGGUUUUGUAGCCCAAGUAGCUGAUGUUGCAAAUGGAAGAUCUGCCCCCAUGAAUGAGGAACAAAGAAGAGUAGCUGAAAAGAACGUUGUUGGUGAAUUUAGUGAUGUCAAGCAUGUUCGAGGCAUUCUUUCCAUGGGAAGGCAUGACGAUCCAGAUAGUGGCGGAUCCUCUUUUUCAAUGUUACUUGGAGAUUCUCCUCAUCUUGAUGGGAAGUAUGCAAUAUUUGGAAAAGUUACAAAAGGCGACGAUACAUUGGCGAAGCUUGAGCAACUACCUACUCGUAAAGAGGGAAUAUUUGUAAUGCCAACGGAGCGCAUCACCAUCCUCUCAUCAUAUUACUAUGAUACGGAGAUAGAAAAUUGUGAGCAAGACAGAUCGAUUUUGAAGCUCAGGUUAGCUGCAUCGGCUGUUGAAGUUGAAAGACAGAGAAUGAAAUGCUUCCCCUAAUAGAAGCGAGCUGGGAAUGGAAUGGAAUGGAGUUGGAAUGAAAGUGUUUGAGUCAGUCAAGAGCAAAAAUUGUUGACGCCUUACUUUUGUUUUUUGAUUUUUUUCCCGGAGUUUUGUGUAAUGUAUUGGAUUUUUUAAAAAAAUUGGUAUAAAAGUAUAUCAUUUAUUUUUGAUGUAAUUAUAUCAUUUAACUUUUACUUAAUAUGGAUUUUACUUAAUCAACAAUGUAAACAUGUAAUUAAACAUAUAAAUAAUUGUUUCGUUC